UUCACAUCUCCAUGAAUCCAAGAUGUCCGCUGUAGUGAAGGUCGGAAUUUUAACUGUUAGCGACAGAUGCUCUCGUGGGGAAGCCGAGGAUAAGAGUGGGCCAAAUUUGCAGAAGCUAGUGAAGUCCUCUAAACUAAAUGUCAGCGAAGUUCAGUGUGAUUGUGUCCCUGACGAACGAAACGAGAUCAAAAGAGUACUUCUCAAAUGGUGCGAUUUGGAAGAGUUGCACCUUGUGUUAACAACUGGAGGGACGGGUUUUUCUCCAAGAGAUAUCACCCCUGAAGUGACCUUGGAAGUCAUUGAAAAGACUGCGCCAGGUCUUUCACUUGGAAUGUUGAGCGAGUCACUUAAAGUCACACCAAUGGCCAUGUUGUCCAGGGCAACCUGUGGAAUAAGGAACAGGACAAUUAUUAUCAACUUGCCAGGAAGUCUCAAGGGAUCCCAGGAAUGUUUUCAGUUUGUUCUACCUGCUUUGCCGCAUGCAAUAGAAGUGUUGCGUGAUAGUCCAAAUGUGGGCGUUACCCAUGCAUCCAUGCAAGGUCCCGCCCAUUCUUCAGUUUCGACCCACCAUACAUGUCCACAUAAGGCCCAUGGCAAAGCAAUCAGGGAUCUCAGCAGAGUUGCAGAGAGAGAUCGUUAUUCUCCAUAUCCUCUUGUUCCAAUGGAUGAAGCCCUUUCUAUGAUUAUGGCAAAUUCUCCAUGCCUUCCACAGAAGGUUAUAACCUUAGAAGAAUCACUAGGUUUUAUACUGGCUUCAGAUGUGUUUGCCAAAGAGCCAUUCCCUCCGUUCCCUGCAUCAGUCAAAGAUGGGUAUGCUGUGUUGGCGUCAGAUGGACCCGGGGAACGUUUGGUCCUAGGUCCUGUCACUGCAGGGGAGGUCACAGCCUGUAGUGUGACUUCCGGUCAUGUGAUGCGCAUUACCACAGGUGCACCAUUGCCACCAGGAGCCGAUGCAGUUGUGCAAGUUGAAGAUACUGAAUUACUUGAAAGUGACAAUGAAGGAAGAACAGAGAAAAGGAUUAAAAUUCUUGCAACUCCUAAGCCUGGGCAGGACAUCAGGCCCAUUGGUUUUGAUGUGAGUAACGGUCAACAAGUUCUAACAGCUCUUCAGAAGCUAGGACCAGCUGAACUGGGUCUCAUGGCUUCUUUGGGAUUGACUGAGGUUGAAGUAUUCCAAAAACCAAAGGUUGCUGUCCUUUCUACUGGAAAUGAGGUGGUCAGUCCAGGUGAGGACACCAGAGCAGGACAAAUCAGGGACAGCAAUAAAAUUGCUCUGAAGUCACUGAUCAGAACACAUGGAUUUGAGGCACUUGAUUUGGGAAUAGCAGCUGACAACCCUCAAGACCUUCAAAACAAACUUUCUGUUGGUCUGGAAAAAGCUGAUGUUCUCGUGUCAUCGGGUGGAGUGUCAAUGGGGGAGAAAGAUUUCCUGAAACCUGUUCUGGAAGAUCUGCUUGGAGCCACCAUCCACUUUGGAAGAGUAUUUAUGAAGCCAGGCAAGCCAACAACCUUUGCAACAACCAUGAUCAAUGGCAAGAAGAAACUGAUAUUUGCCCUUCCUGGAAAUCCUGUCUCUGCUAUGGUUACAUUCAACUUGUUUGUCCUCCCAGCGCUGCGCAAGUUGGCUGGCUUCCAACAUCCUCAGUUAACUAAAAUUAAAGUCAAGUUGCCGCAGCCUGUUGAUCUGGAUCCAAGGCCGGAGUAUCAGCGAGUUGUCUUAUCUUGGAAGCCGGGAGAAGCAAUACCAUGGGCAAUAUCUACUGGUAGUCAAUGUAGCAGUAGGCUGCUGAGCAUGAGAACUGCUAAUGCUCUGCUUGUGUUGCAACCCAGGAGUGAUAAUCUAAGCAGAAUUGGUGCUGGAGAGAUUGUUGAUGCAUUAAUAAUAGGUGAAAUCUAAUCAGACAACCCUUGGAGGAUGACUCAAGGUUUAUUGCACUUAUGAAGAAAUUGGUAUUGUUAAAAAGAACAGUGAUUUACAUAGCACAGCACAUGCUCACCCAAAUGAUUAUUAGUUUAAUUGUGAUCUGGGGGCAGGGAGGGGGUUCUCCCCAAAGUUUUUGGUGGGGGUGUGUGACCCGUACCUUGAAGCCUCUGUGCUAUUUCAGACCAAAUGUAUGUUUUAGACCAAAUGUGUGUUUAAUUUUAGACCUGAAUGAAAGUUGAUACCCAAUUGGCUUUCAUUUGCAUGAACACUUGAGAAGGGCUACAAAUUUCCCAAUGUUGCUGUGAAAAAAAAUAGUUUCUUUUAAACAAAACACCUAAUACCAAGCCAGAGUGAAAAACAUACCCUAUUUCAGACCAAAUUGGUCGAAAUCUACAUCCUUUUUUGGACCAAAACCGCUCAAAAACCACAUCCUAUGAGCCUGCACUGACCUAUAGCCCAUAUAAGAGAAUACCCCACCCCUACCCCCUGGGGUUGUGAUAUAAUUAAUGUAAAAGCAAAAUAACCAGACAUGACCCUGAGAAUUUCAAUUCUGUGUACGGAGGAAAUGAGAAAAUUAUUUUAAUACAGAAAAGUGAUAUCAACAUAAGGUAUGGAUUAGGAAACUCAAUAUUAGAGUAGUUUUUCAAUUGAGUGUUGAAAGUAAUCAGGCAAUUACUUUCACUGGUUUUGGUUUUGGUUUCACAACACUCCAUUGAAAACUACUCUAGUACUAUUAAUUAUUGGUGAAAAAGUUCAGAGCUUUGUAGCUCAAUGGUUUAUCCUAGCUAUAGAUAGGUAAAUAGAUAUUUUUUGUGUGGUACAUUAGAAAAAUUUGCACAGAGGGCAGUCACUUUUAAUAUGAACUCUGAUCAGGAACUAUAUUUUUAACAAAUGCUCCAAACCUGAGAAUGAAGUGCUUUUAACGAACAAGAAAAUAUUAUAAUAAGUUGAAAAAUUUAUCAUGAUGCAGGGAUAUUUUUGUAAUGAGUUGCUCAUGACCAUACCAUUAAAAUUAUUGAUAGUG